AGUUUCUUGAAUAAUAAGUUGAGAGAAGAAGAAGAAGAAGAAGAAGAAAAAGGAGGAGGAGGAGGAGGAGGAGGAGAGCAUAGAAUAGAUAAUAGAAUAGGUUUGAGGUUGAGAGGGAGAGAGAGAGAGAGAGAGAGAGAUGGGGAAGUACAUAAGGAAAGCUAAAACAAGAGGAGAGUUAGCAGUGAUGGAAGUAUCUCAGUCCUCUCUCGGGGUCCGUACACGCGCCAAAACCCUAGCCCUUCAGAAUUCUAACUCUAACUCUAACUCUUAUUUACAGCUUCGUAGCCGCCGCCUCCAAAAGCCGCUACCAAACGUUGUCGUGAAUGGUACCCACGACUCUAAGCGCCACAAGAACUCUAACGCCACCACCGCCGCCGCCGCCACUACCACCGCUAACGACAACAACAGUAAAGAGGCUCAUAUCCUGAAUCACGAUGAGAUUGUGGGUGUGGAGGACACUAAUCAACAAGAAGACAACCUUAUUAAUAAAACUGAUUUUGGGGUUCAAGAAGCUUCUUUCGGAGAAAAUGUUUUGGACUUUGAAGCUAGAGAGAGGAGCACUAGAGAAUCCACACCUUGCAGUUUGAUUAGGGACCCAGAUAACAUAAGAACCCCUGGUUCCACUACCAGGCCCACUUGCUCAACUGAGACUAACCGCAGAACACAGAAUGCAACACAGAGGCAUAUCCCAACAUCACAUGAAAUCGAUGAGUUUUUUGCAGGUGCUGAAGAAGAGCAGCAAAGACAAUUUGUUGAGAAGUACAACUUUGAUCCUGUCAGUGAUAAGCCGCUCCCAGGGCGUUAUGAAUGGGAGAAAUUGGACCCUUAAGAGAUAUCAGUGUUCCAUCAGGGCUUCUUUUCCUGCACAGUCUCAGUUGAUCUUGGAGCUUAGGAUUUUGAAUUAGCAGGAAUUAGUUUUAGUUGGAAUGGUGAUGGUUUUAUUUCCAUUUUUCAUCACCCCAAUCUUACUUGUAAAGAAAAGUAGGACUGUCAAAGAUAUGUGUAGGCUAAUGGUCUGUAACAUAACAGAGGUAAUGACUUUGUGAGUUACACAAGUAACACAAAAAAUACAAAUCAAAGUCCUUUGUCUAACAGAUCAUCUGAAUCUGAAGAGGGGAAGGGAAAGUGGGUUUGUAAGCUGUAGGGGUUAGGGUUGUUCAGCCAGCCAACUAGGUCAGUAAGUAGAAUCUAUGUGGUACAGAAAAUUUACUUUUUUUUUUUUUUUUUUUUGGGUACUGUAUUUCUCCUCCCCCUCUCCUUUGUCAAUACUUGUACUGAUGGAACUUUGAAAAACUGUGGAAUAAACAUGACCCGUUUCCCUCUCUUCA